CUAACUUGCCUAUAGGUGGCAAUCAACCUAAGGGUCUCACUGGUGAGUCACAGCCUUACACAGAGGCUGUGCAUGGAAAAGGUCAUCAACAAGAUUGUUCUUCUGACAAUACAAUUGUCGCUGAACAAAUAUCUGAUUUCUCCACUGAUCAAGCCAAAUACGUGGCUACUGAUCAGAUGCAUGGGGGGCAAGAUGGAGCCCAUGUUCAUUCUGUUGAUCACCAAAAGGAAUUUCUUAAAAAUUCUAAUAGCCAAGCGGUGAUUAAAUAUGAUCUAGGCGACCUAAUUGUUGUUUUUGAGGCUCUUGAUCAUGAGAAUUCAAACCAACAAGUGGUCGUCUAUAAUGGCCAAUCUGUGGCUAAUUCUAUGCCAACAAAGAUACUUGGGGGGCAAGAUUACUCCUCCUACGAGCCAAAUUGCUUCCAAUUCUUCGACGAGAAGUAUCUUUGUUCUUUUCCUACAAGCUCUCACAGGAGGGAUUUUUACCCUACAAAUUUUGAUACAUCAGAGCUUGGAAUGAAGCAUAGAUGGCCUCCCCCGUGGUCUUCUAGAGCUUUGCCCUCGCAGGAAAGGCUGAGCUCAAGGGAAAUGUGAGAGCCACCACCGUGACCGCCACCUCCAUCGGAAGUAGUCUUCAUGUUACCAAAGAUGUCCUCACCAUGCAUUGGGAACAGAGGAAGGGUUUCAAUCUCCAUGUUCAUAGAUCCAUAACCACCAUAGUUCCCCUUCUGCCCGUUAAAAGCAAUCACACCAGCUGAAGAAGCAGAAGCAGAUGCAGAAGAUUCGAAGUUAAUAUACUGA